GUUGCUGAUAUGUUUCUGUAAUAGAAUAUGAAGGCGUUGAAAUGCACUUUGGUCAGUGGGAGAAUCGUGAAAUAACCACGACAGCCAAGAAGUUGGAAAAUCGGUCAUGACGGACAGGACCUACGAGGUGGUGGUAGUGGGGUCUUGUAUGACGGACCUGGUGAGCCAGGCCCCCCGUCUGCCCAAAGCUGGAGAGACCAUCCACGGUCAUGGGUUCUUCAUCGGAUUUGGUGGGAAGGGUGCCAACCAGUGUGUCCAGGCAGCGCGCCUAGGGAGCAAGACGGCCAUGGUGUGUAAGGUGGGGAAGGACUUCUUUGGAGAUAACUACAUCCAGAAUUUCAAGAAUAACGGCAUCUCCACAGAAUUUGUCAGUCAGACGGAGCAGGCAGCAACAGGUGCUGCCACCAUCAUUGUGAACAAUGAAGCUGAGAACGCCAUUGUUAUCGUCGCUGGGGCCAACCUGCUGCUGGGGGAGGAGGAGCUGCAGGGCGUGGAGCCGGCACUGGGUGGGGCAAAGGUCCUGGUUUGUCAGCUGGAAAUCAAGCCGGACGUCACUCUCCAGGCACUCCGCAUGGCACGGGACAGGGGGGUGAAGACCAUCUUCAACCCUGCCCCUGCCAUCGCCAGCCUGCAUGCUGACUUCUGCAGGACCUCAGACAUCUUCUGCUGCAAUGAGUCCGAGGCGGAGCUGUUGACGGGGGUGGCGAUCCGCGGCGUGGAGGACGCCGCCAGGGCAGGGGAGGAGUUUCUGCAGCGGGGGUGUGGCUCCGUGAUCAUCACACUGGGUCCCCAGGGCUGCGUAGUGCUGACGGCGCAGGACCCCGCCCCCCGGCACAUCCCUGCCAAGCCCGUCACGCCGCUGGACACCACGGGGGCAGGAGACAGCUUCAUCGGGGCCCUGGCUUUCUACACAGCACGCUAUCCCACAAUGCCCCUGGAGGAGAUGGCCAGGAGGGCCAAUCAGGUGGCGGCCGUCAGCGUGCAGGCGGCGGGGACACAGGCGUCCUACCCGUCUCGGGGGGACCUGCCCCCGCAUCUCUUUUAGCCAGGACGUGUCCGCCAGGCCUGCCGCGUCUGGAGGACUUCCAGCGCACUAACGAGCCUGCUGCUCCGCUUUCUCUCAGCCUUCGCUGUAUAAAAUUAGCACAAUAAAGGACGCAAGUGUGACGUGGGACAA